GUCAACUCAGCUGAUUUAAUAGAAUAAUAAUUCCCAAACUAAGUUACCAACCAAACAUUUCCCAAAACUUUAUUCUUUGAUUUGUUUAUGAUUAUUUGCAAAGUUGCAAUGUCUUUUGUCACUUUGAAAUGUUUAAUUUUGCAUUUUUGAAUUAUGGCGGCUAAUAUGUUUAUGUUUAUUUUAUAAUUAUUGAUCAAACAUUUGAUGAACGUUUUUCGUUUAUACCAUUUUGAAACACUUCAAUCAGUUUAUUGAGUUUAGAAAUUAAUUUCAAAAAUGGGUGAACAGGCGGCUGUGCCUCGAUAUAUGGCUCAGCUUUUAGAAGAGCUGGGCUGGAAUCAAGGGACUAGAAUACCACUGGCUAAUCCAGAUAAUCAAGUUCUAGAAACUGUAUUGAUAUCGAGGCAGAAUGAAAUACAGCGUCUUAAGGAGGCUCUGCUACUACAAAACCAAAAAAGAGAUGACCUUAAUAAAUACAAGCAUCAUGUUCACACUGAAUAUCAAGAAAAUACUCGACUCCUGUUUGCACAUAAACAGCAGAUGGAGCAAGAGGUGAAGCUCCGACAACUGUCUUUCAGUGAGGCUGAGAGCCUUGAUCGAGAUACUGUUGAUUGUGCCAAGCAGAGCAGAGAUAUUAACACUCGGAUUGAUAGAUUACAGACUAAUAUUGCUCGUUUACUGAAGAAAGCUGAUUCCUUGAAGACUGAAGUGUGUGGUGAAAGAGGUGCACUCCAGGAAUGGCGGGCGGCAUUGGAGAGAAGCGCUGGUGACAUCACUGCUAUAGAGCAGUUUACUAAACAGGACCUCUCUAAAGCCAAAGCAUUAGAAACUAAGAGGCAGAAGUUGAAACUAGAACAUGACCGCAUGCAUGAACGCCUCAAUCAACUUAUAUCAAACCUCAGUGCCGAAGAAAGGGCAUGUGAAAGGAUCUCUGUGCAGGUGAUGGAGGGUAUGGAGCAAAGAAAACAGAUGAUGGCCAUGUGGACUAAUGCCGUAGAAAAUCUUAGGCAGAGAGACACUGACAUUAGGCAUAUUCGCGAGGAUUAUGCUGUGUUGGAAGCGGAAGCUAACAACAUCGCGGAACAAUGUCGGGAACAGCAAACCUUCUGCGACCAACAGCACGGCAACAAUUUAGAAGUGGAGCAUGAAAUAAUGGUGAUGUCGCAACGUCUCAGCAAUACAAGAAUGGCCUUCCAGCAACUUCUUGAUCAGAAUGCCACUCUCGACAGCGACAUGCACUGUUUUCAACGCGAGCUCGCCAAUAUGCGGAAUGUCCUUGAAAAGUUGCAUAUGGAGAAUCGUCACAUAAUGGAGGAGCAACACCGUAAAGAUGAUACCCUCGCCAAAAUUAACGGAAAGAUUUGGGAACUCAAAGAGAAGUUGACAGACUCCUUAGACAAAUCUAAGUCCUCUGAAAAAAGGGCUAAGGAACUUGAAGAUAUAUUGAAUCUUCCAAAGCCGUCAUGAGUAAAUUGGACACGAAACAACGGAACAUUGAGAAGAAUCUGCAAAGUCAGAAGGAGAGUCUUUACUCUGUAUGUUACCAAGUGGAGACAAUUGGAGCUCGCGUCGCUCAUAUGGAGGGGGCGCAGGCAGAACGCGAGUGCUCAGCAGAACUUGUCGAGAGGGAAAACAGAUUGAAGGACGUGUGUGCCCGCCACGCAGCACGUGUGGCACUCCUGGAACGACAUUCUGCUAAACUACACGACGAUAUGAGACGUCUGGCGCGCGACCUGGAAACGAAGAACGCUGAAAACAUUAAACUUCAAAGCCGUUUGAGAUCUGCCAUGUUGAACGUGGAAGGUGGUGACAAAGAUUUGCAGGCGUCGCGCGACGCCUGGCGACGUUUGCGCGUAGAAGAAGCAUUGUUGCGACUGAGAGUUGCGCACGCGGCCAGAGCAGUCGCUGGACUGGACGAUACCGCCUUUACACUGGACAAACAGCGAUUGCAGCUGGACGCUGCUAUGAACGAACGCUUGGUUGAGAUCUCGGCACGUCGCGACAUGUUCAGUGUGCAAAAGCGUGCGCUGUUCGAAGAUUGCGGCAAAUUGCGGUGUGAAAUACGUGAGAGAGAACAACGCAUCGAACAGCUGAAGAAACGAUACGAAAUAUUCAUUGGAUCAUUGGGCAAAGACGAAUCCGGUCAACAGCUGUCAGUAACCUUUUUCAAAAUUAAGUUCGCGGCGGAACGCGCUGAGCUAAGGACACGUGGCGCGGCUCUAGACGCGGACAUCGGCCGACGCGAGAAGGACGUGUCCGCGCUGGAGGCGACGCUGCGAGUAGUGCACGCCGCCCAUCAACACUUCAUGCAUCACAUCUCGCCGCUCGCUGCCGACACGCCGGAAAUAGAAGAGCUGAAUGGGUUAAUGAAGCAAUAUUACGAGUUGCGCGACGAGCUCAAGUUGCAAAACAGUCGCAUAGCUGAGCUGGAACAACUAGUGAACGACAUGAGUUCACGUCUCACCAUACUUUCAGAUAAGAAUAAGCAGCUCACCGCUAGGCAAGUUGAAUCAGAGAGUGACCUCGACUCGGCUCGCGAGCGCGUCGCACGUCAAGAGAGCCGCCUUCAGAACGCCCAUGAUGUAGUCAAUCAUAAUGCACGACGCGCCAAAAAACUAGUCGAGGGCGUAGAUGAUUGGCGUAUCUUCCAGAUGGCGAUAUGGGUCCGCGACUACGCAGAAUCCGCUACGAACGCUCUACAAUCGUUGUCGGAUGUGUGUGCCGGAUCGCCGGAGCACCGCAGCCGGCUCGGCGCCCUACUCUCCUCCACUGACUUGCAGCGCCAUCUGUCGCGUCAUCAGCGGCGUCUGCAUGCAUUUAUACAACGGCUCAUUUCAGAUGCGAAGCAAGCGGCACCAUAUAAAGAAAUUACCAUCGACGCUGAAGAUACUGUGUUUUCUACGUCAUCGGAGUCUAUCCACAGCGGUGUAAGCAUCGCGUCCGGAUACACGAGACAUCUCGCCACAUUCCGUAGGAGUUUAGCGUCAAAAGUGCAAGAGAGUGCUUUAAUUGACGAUAUUCCAGAACAAGCGCGACGGUCAACAGUGUCUUUACGAGUGGUGACUCUUGGUAUAGAGGAAUCGGCGCGUAUGAUCAGGCCCAGCAUCACUCAAUCAAAGAAAUCACUACGAUAAUUGGGCGGCAAACAACUAAGAGUUCAAACGUGGAUAGUUUUUUUUUAUUAUGUUUAUAACGUCUUUUGCUCUCUUUUACACUGACGAAAGCGUUAGAUUUGUGUUAGUUAAUAUUCUUUGGCAAUUAUAUUCUGUCGCGUAAACAAAAUUAAGAUGAUGUUUUUAAUGACAUAAAUAGUUGAUGCUUAUUGUGUAUUGAAUUGAUUAAAGUUAAUUUUAAUUG